AUGGGUCGUAGAUCAAUCAAUACUACUAAAAGUGGGAAGUAUAUGAAUCCCACUGACCAAGCCAGAAAGGAGGCUCGCAAGAGAGAACUUAAGAAAAAUAAGAAACAGAGGAUAGCUGUUCGACAUGCCGUUCUCAAAUCUAAAGAUGCUUUACAGCUGCUUGAAGAAGCAUCAAUGUAUGAUAAACAAGAAUAUGAUCCAAACGUUCAAUCUUCUCUCAAUGAGCGCGUACUCCAAGGGAAACGCAAACGGCUUCUUGAAACCUUUGAUAAUCUAGUUACUCUAUAUAAAAAAGAGGACCCUGAAUAUGCCAAAGAUUUGCUCCGGGCAAGGAAGGAUUAUGACAAACGCAGGCAUGACAUGAUGCUUUAUUACGAACAGGUCAAACUUGCUGAGAGGACAAAAGCAAGUGACAUACCUCUUCCAGACCUUCCACCAUCUCAGCUCUCUUUGCCUCCGUCAGAAAUACCAAUGCCCAUGGGGAUAUCUCUGUCAUUCACAAAGGGGAUACUUAAGAAGCCCCUCAGUAUACCUGGACCUCCACCUGGAGCUGUUCCGAUUGGACGUAAACCACCUGGACCGCCACCUCUACCCAUUCCUGAUUUAACUGAUAGCGAGUCGGAGGAUGCUGAUGGUAGGCCUGAUCCCACAAAGCAGAGAAGGAUUCGAUUCCUCGAGAAUGACGUUCAGGCUUCAGGAUACUUACAAGGUCUCUCGACGUCUCAAAUACCGUUGCCGCCAGUGGGUGCAGGUGUACCAGGCUUUCCGGGUGUUGUGGCGCCUGGCUAUCCCUCUGCGACAGGUCUGCGUAUAAACAUGCACAGCUCGGGUGGUGCGGUGUUGUCGGCACCGCCGACAAUGAAUCCCUUGCCAUUACACCACCUGGAAUCGGGAGUGGGUGAUGGUGGUGCUGCAAGUAGUAGCGGAACGACGAUAGAGGCGAAGCCACAACUAAAGAAUCUGAUUGGUGACGCGACGCGUUUUGUGCCAACGUCUCUGAAGGUGCGUCGUACAGUGAAAGAUGCCCACGGUAGACUUAUCCAGGUCGGUGGCGGUAUUUCCUCCUCCGGAACCCGAUCAGGGAAUAACUUGCUCCCUUCUCAGCGACUGGGAACUGUUCCUGGAGGUGCACUCGGGGUGCCUGUGUCAACAAUGUCGUCAAAAGCCAACGCUACAAGUAAAGAUGCAGCAUAUGAGGAGUUUAUGCGCGAAAUGGAGGGACUCCUAUGA